AUGGUUCAAAUGGCAGAGUGCCCCUGCCAGGCCUACAGCCAGAUGACCAUGGAGGACAAGAAGGAUUUGCUUGAGCGCUACAAGACUGAGGGUGGCUUGAAGAACCUUCAGUGGGUCAAUGGGUACUUUGAGACAGUGACUGACACCACUGAGCAGAAGGAUGUGGCUGAGAGCGGUUGGAUGACUCCAGGGCAAAUCUUUACUUUGAAUGGUUGCUCCUGGGAACAAACUGAAGAAAAGAAGAGAGACAAGAUGUUGGCAGCUCUUCUCAAGGAGUGCUGGGAUGAAUGUGGCAUUGACAAACCGGAUGAGUGUACCAAGGCGCAUGCUCCGCCUGAGCUUUCCAAGUACUGGUACAGCAAGCAGAAACAUGUCCAAGAGGACAAAAACAAAGUCGACCAGACCAUGAAGCUGGGCACCAACCUUGGCAUGGCCACCAUGCAAAAGGCGAUUGGCAAUUCGGCGUCCAGCAGUGAUACCAAAGUGAAACUUGAGAACCCAAACUGGGUGCAGCUGAACUCACAAGUUCAAAUUGCAGCUGCUCCGAAGGGCAGACUUGAAAAACAAGUCUUUGAAUGCGCCGCCUGUCAAAAAGACUUGGAGGCAGUGCUGACUUCCUUGAGGACCAACUUGGCUCAGGGAAAGGAUAUGUCGGUCUCCAGCGACAAGGCAGACUGCUCCACUUUGAAGAAGGCCUUGGAGGGUGACACCAACAAUGGCUCCAUGCACUUGGAUGGCCUGAAAGCUUUGUGCAAGAUUCCCCGAGUUCAAGCCUUUCCUGGAGCUCGAAAACGCAGAAAGGUGAUGGCUGAAGAAGAGUUCCUCCAAACCUUUGUGGAUCACAUUGCUUUUGAAACACACAGACAUCCCCGUCCUCAGUUCGCUGAACAGAUUGGUGGACAGGCCUUUGCCGUUGUUGCGCGUUCCGGCGCUGUGGCCCAGGUUGCUCACUUUCCGCCACUCGCCGCCCAGCCCGAGCUGAUGUAUAGACAAGUCCCUGACGAAGCUGAUGAUAUCAAGAAAACCCAUGUCGAGAAAGAGAUGAUCAAACUUCGGCAGAGGAACUUCCGCUUCUUUAGCCGCUACUUGCUCCACGUUGCCUUUGUUCUGUGCUGCUACUUCUUCUAUGCCACGGCUGCAGCACCUGGGCUUGACAACGCCACCUUCCUCAUCGUGAGCGCUGUUUGUUAUAUGCAGCACUUGCUGGUCAGCAAAGAUUGGAUUGCCGUCACUCCUGAGCUGCUAAAGCACUCGACCUGGCUAAUGCAUAUCAUGGGGCUUUCCUUGAUUAUGGUACCAGCUGCUGGCAGCGCAUUCAAAUUUGGUUUGUUGCAAGCUUUCUUGACUGCUGUUCGCUUCUUGCUUGUUUUGUACUAUUUGGACCCAUGGGUAUGCAUUCCUUUCCAAAUACUAUACACAGGAGCAGGAAUGCUUAUCCAAGUCUAUACCUGCGAAGGAUUUGCCACGGAUUUUGGAGUUUUUUGCGUCAGCCAUCUCUUUGUUUUGUUGAUUAUUGUGGCCUCCUCGGUGUUCAUCAACAUUGCACUGAGAUCGCGCAUUUAUGCGCAGUUGGACACAACUGAUGCCGAGUCCUUGGUGUCCAGCUUCCGAAGGGUUUUGAAAGGUGCGUGUGACGGAGAAGUUCUUUUGGACAGUCACAUGAAUGUGGCACAGGAAAGUGAGUGCCUGAAGCAUUUGAUUUUAACUGACGUGAACCUCAAAGGCAGGAGUUUUAAACAUCUCCUGGCUGAUGAGGAACAAGACCGCUUUGCUGAAUUCAUCGAGUCAUCCACGCAGGCGUUUGGUAUGCCAGAAAGUGCAGAUGUUGCGCCUCCUUUCUGCUCCCGAGUGGCCUUCCGGGGAUCUGCAGGGAUUGGCGUUGCUGCUGAUAUCUACCACGUACCUGUGCGGCUCUUUGGUGCCAAGGACCCGUAUCACCUCAUCGCCUUUAAAGAGGAUCCGGAGUCCCGGCCUUUUCCUCAAGCGGAAGGCACAGUGCCUUUGGAGCUGAAGGGGCAAGGCGACCAGAAGAGGCCCUUUCAGUGUGGAGACCCUUCGACAAUCUCUGGCAGCACUGAAUAUUCCAACUCUAACAGUCAUACUUGUCCUGAACUGCAGGAAAUGACCUUGCUUGUGGAUGUGAACACUGAACUUCAGGAUGUGCAAGAGGCACACUUGAGAUUCUUACGUUGUGAUGAACCAGCUGAUCUUGCCUCGGCCCUACAAUCCAGCAUGCCCAGCUUGCGCAAGCUUGUGAAGCCUACAGAGUGGGAAAGGGUUAGAUCAAGCGCAACGAGGUUCGCAGAGAGCGCUCUACGCAAUCCGUCAAUCCAACCCAAAGUCAUGAAGAAGAUGACAAUCCAGCUACCAGGUCAAAGCCGAGUCAUCGCAGCUGAGGCUUCUUUGAAGCGAUUCCCUGAUGCUCUGAAGGUUUGGCUGCAUUUGAAAGGAUUGCGCCCAGAGAAGCCUCGACGUCAACCGCCCUUGGAUGGAAUUCAGGAGACUGGGAUCCGUGCACAAUUGAAAGAGAGAUUCCGAGAUUUUGUACAAUCUUGCUUUCGCUGGAUUUCCAUAGGAUCUGUUGGCAAGAUUCCUGGACUUCUCAUACUUCCAGCUUUGACGCUCUAUGAGGAGAUGGCGGCGCACUACAAGAGCCAGGUGGCUGAGGGCGAGAAGGUUGUGGUGCUCUACUACCACCGCUCUGUUCGGGACGACAAUGAAGAUCGAAGAUUAGUCACCUUGCUCCGACAGAAAGGAUUGGUUCCUGUCCAAUUGCCAGAUGAGAAGGGCCCCAGAGAAGACCAGCCAAGGCUGGUUGUUCGUCAUGGCAAGGUCUUCAUCACCGAGAAGAAGAGCGAGCAACGGACCCCAGACCGGAGCCGGAGCCCCAAGCGACAGGCCUCUCCCGCGCGGGGAGCUAAGGCAGCUGAGACCUCAGAGCCAGUUGGCCUCGUGGUGUUGCUCUCAGAGCCUACGGAUGUACAGCCGGGCCAUGCCAGCACCAAGCUCCGCUCCGCCAUCGACGAGGCACGCGCCCGCAUUGAAGCCUAUGAGGAUAUGGAGACCAAAGAGAAAAUGAAGGCGGCGAGGAAUGAAAAGUCCGUGGUCUCAGUCAAGAGCAAAGUCGACUUCUUGGACACCGAAGGGAACAAGAGCUCUCUUCAGAUGAAGGGUGGCAAGUUGAUCUGGACCUGGACAGAGAAAGGGACCAAAGAGAGUGAACGAGUUCAUGGACCGAUCCGCUACAAUGUGGCCACUGGCAAGUUGACUUUUGGUGAUUCUUAUCACUACAAGCCGGACGCCGAAGGCUUGAAGAAGUUGGAACAGCAAUGGGAACUCAGCAACCUGCCCAUUGAGGCACAGCGAGCUCACCUGGCAGCCAAGGAGCUGCGGGAGGCCGUAGAGCAGCUGGGCGGCGUGGUGGCGGAUGGGAAGACGGCGCAAAACCAGCUCUUUCGCAUGCUGCGAGCGGACGACAAAGAGGGCUGGCAGCGCCUGAUGGAAGGCAAACAAGGCGUCCCUGGCCUUUUGGAAGCAUACUACAAAGGCAAGGUGAAGGUGGCCAACGGCCCUGGGCUAAUUCUUGUGGAGGACAAGGAGCUUUGUGCCUAUAUGGACAAGCUGAUUCAACACUAUCUUGGAGAGGCACCAAUCUUGAAGACCAUCCCCACACGCUCCUUCGCGGCGGAUCCGCAGUUGCUACACACUGUCUUCGACAUUCCCAGCAACCAACCCAAUGUCGUGGUGAAGCGAGUUGAUGGACGUGGAGGCAAUGCCGUUUGGGUGGGCGCCAAGCUCCCAAGGAAUGACUUCCUGGCAGCGCGCCCGCUGGUGGCGGCCGAGCCGGAAGCGUUCAUCGUGCAAAGAUACACUGCCCUGUCGAAGGUGGAUGGGCAAAUUACAGAUCUUCGUGGCCCUGCCUUUAUCACCAGCAGUGAUGAAGCUCUUAGUGGUGGUACAGGUGUGGCUGUGUCUCCUGUCCUAUGGUCGCGUGGAGUACCUGCAGAUGGUAGCAAUGGCAAGGUGAAUAUUUCUGAUGCUGGCUUCGAGUUUGCUGUGGCCACUGCGCUUGAAAAGCAAAGCAAGCAGUGA